UCUUUUAUGGAUUAUAUCUUUAUGUGAAAAGAAUAAAUUCUUAAUGAACUACAAACUAUAAUCAUUUUCAGUUCUCUAUCAGUCUCUCUUUAACAUUGUCUUUCUUUAUGAAGUUCUAUGAUAAAUCUGAUAGAUUAACCUUCUAAAACUACCAUAGCAUUGGUUGUCACUGAACUUUGUCUUCAGUCAUAUGAAUGAGUACUUCAGCUGACAUUUCCUGUAACAGUCUUAUUUUCUAGGAAAGUCAUGUUUUUUGCAACAAUUAUGUUCAUCAUGUCCAAUUCUCUUGCAAUAAGUACAUGUGAGUUUCUUCUUCUUAGAUGCAUUAGAUUUUGUGUUGUUCUUGCCUUUGCCUUUGAGUGAUUGGGCUACCAAUGCCUAACUCUUGGGAAAUGCAUCAAACUAAAUAACCUUAGCUUGCUCUCUAGUCAAAUGGUCACAAAAUGUCUCAAGUGAAGGUAUAGUAAAUGGAUCAUUUAGGGCAUCCAUGGUGGAAUAAAAGGUAGAAGAAAAGGUUACAUAUGGUCCUUUUUAUCUUUUAGACAAAAUCAAGAAAAUGUUUUCUUAUAAGAUCUUUUCCACAACCAGCAAAUUGAAAUAUUAAAGAUUUGAACUUAGCCAAAUGAUCUUCAAUGGAAGGAAAUGUAUGAGGGGAAAUAAAAGUCAAUUUUGCUUCUAUUUGAAAAGCACAAAAUUCACGAACUGUAUCAAAUAGAUCUUUGAAUUUAUCCCAUAUCUGCUUAGGCUUUGUAUAAUCCGCAAUAUGGAACAACAAACUGUUAGAACUUUGUAAAGCAAUCAGACCUAUAGCCUCACCAACUUGUUCCUGUAAGCAAUCUCUUGUACUCUAUUGAAAUCAAGUUGUGUAUCAGCCAACAUAGACUAUAAACGCUUAGAUAGGAGUAAUUGUUGCAUCUUUAUUUUCCAUGGAUGAUAAUUAUGAGUGAAGACCUCAAAUGAAUAGAAAUCUGCCAUUAGAUAAACAACACUAAUAUAGAAAAAUAAACAAUGUACAAUAAAAAUUUGUGUUAGGACAUCCCAAAAUAAAUCAAUGUGAAAUUUCAAGCUCCCCGACAAAAAUAACCACCAAUUUCAACAAAUUUUCCAAGAAAUGGGCCAAAGUACCAAAAUGACCUCAAACUUGUAAUGUCCCCAUUUUGAAAUAGGAUUUAAUAAUAAACACUACCAAUAAAAUAAAAAUAUAAAAGAAUAAAAAUAAAAAUAUAAUGAAUAAAAUUAAAAUAAUUAAAGUUUAGGUAAGUUUAAAUUCCAAGUUACCGGGUUCGCCCCUGGGACGCCCUGGUACGGGUCCGGGUUCGACCGGGUCCGUGGUACGGGUCCGGUUCGACCCGGGUUCGAAAAACCCAGGGUGGGUUUGACCCGGGUCGAACCCAGUCGAACCCGGGGUCGAACCCGGGCGGACCCAGGCGAACCCUGGCGGCUGGGCGGCCCAUAAAGCUAAAAAACAAACCAAAUUUUAAUUUUUUUUCAGUUCCGCCUUUUAAAAAGUGAAAAUCAUAACCUAAAAAACACUUCUAAAACACUUUAUUGGCACAUUUCACCUCAUUUGUGUUGCAAACAAAUUUUUUAUGAGAGCAGGUUGAAGAAAGUUUGAAGAAAAUUUGGCUUCCAAGAUCAAAGAGGAGGAGUUGAAGACUGAUUUUAGAAGCUUCAACAAGUGUUGCAGCAUCAUUUCCAUACAUUUUCAAGCUUCCAUUGGCUGCAAGAGGUAGGUUUUUAAACAUUUUUUUCCAACUUUUUUUGUUUCACAAAUUUUCAAACAUGAAACUUGAAUUUUUUUUCAUUAUUUAGUUUUUGUUUUUGAAUAUGUUUAUUUUAUUUCUUGCCAUAGGAACUAGAAUGGCAUCUACAUCUUCCUCCAUUGGCAAUGAACAAAUAAUUGCAAAACAAAGAAAUGAUCCAAAUUCUCCCUUAUGGAAAUAUGUGGACAUUAUAAAACAACUUCCGGGAGGUGGGGGAUUCCGUUGGAAAUGCCAUGGAUGUGAUAUUGAACAUAAUAGUUCAUAUUAUCGGGUGGUAGGCCAUUUGUGUGGAAUAAAAGGAAGAAGCAUCAAAAAAUGCCCUGGAAAAAAUGGUAAACCUAUACCACAUGAGAUAGUGAUGAAAUAUAUUAGGGAGCAUGAGGCGGUAGAAGAGAGGGAAGCCCGUAGAUUGAACCAAACCGCAUCAAAGAAAACAAGGGGAAUGCAAGGCUCUUCUAAUCCCAGUAUUGUAGUAGAAGACCACCCCUUCUUUGCCACAAAUGAACCUCAAAGUGAACCACCCUUGACACGUAAAAGAACAAAGGGGCCUUUAGAAACCGCAUUCCAAAAUGAGAGUAGAGACAAUGCUGAUCAAGAUAUAGUAAGGUGCAUUUAUGCAAAUGGGUUGUCAUUCAAUGUUGUUCGCUCCCCAUAUUGGAAGCAAAUGAUAAAAAGUGUUAAUGAGGCACCAAGGGGGUAUAAGGGCCCCAGUUAUGAGAAGGUACGUGGAACAUUAUUGGAGAAAGAGGUGAAGAGGGUUGAAGAUGCAUUGAAACCCAUAAGGGAUUCAUGGGUUGAGACAGGUGUAACAAUUGUUUCAGAUGGGUGGAAAGAUGCUAAAAACCGUCCCUUGAUCAAUGUCAUAGCGGUGUCCCCUAAAGGGGCAAUGUUUUUGAGAGCUGUGGAUUGUGAGGGCCAAAUAAAAGAUGGCCAAUUUAUUGCAGAAAUUCUCAUCUCUGCCAUUGAGUCUGUGGGACCUCGCAAUGUUGUCCAAGUCAUAACAGACAAUGCAAAAAAUUGUAGAGCUGCUGGUUUGUUGGUUGAGCAACGCUAUGAUCACAUCUUUUGGACACCUUGUGCGGUACAUUCACUCAAUCUUAUGCUACAAAGGAUUGGGCAAAAAAUAAAAUGGAUCAGAGAUGUGUAUGCAGAGGCUGAGGACAUCCAGAUGUUCAUGACAAACCACCACAUGUCUCAAGGGAUUUUUAGAACCUAUUCAAAUUUGGAGCUAUUGAAGGUAAGUGAAAUAGUAAUUUAAUUUUACAUUUUCUGAUUUUUUUGAAUUUUCAAUGUUAAUAAUAUCAUUGUGUAAGCUAUAUUGUGUAUUCUUCUUUAAAGUUUGGCUUUAUUUUUUAAUCAUUUGGCAUUAAUUUGUGUUAUAGGUUGCUGAGACUCGUUUUGCAUCAAACACAAUCGUCUUAAGACGACUUGUGAAAGUUAGAGUGGCACUAUGCAAUAUGGUGAUCAGCACCAAUUGGACUGUAUGGAAGCAAAGUAGCACUGAGAGGGCAGAAAAAAUUAGGGAUAGAAUAUUGAAUGAGAAAUGGUGGGAUCUUGUUACAUAUCUCCUAAGUAUCACUGAGCCCAUCAUGAGCAUGAUUCGCUAUACAGACAUGGAUAGGCCUUGCAUAGGUGAGAUUUAUGAUGGCAUUGAUUCAAUGCUUGAAAAAAUAAAGGUCACUAUAAAUAAAAAAGAGAAUGAUCCUCAGGAGAAAUUCUUCAAAGAACUGGAAGUAAUUAUUGUAGAGAGGUGGAAUAAGAUGACCACUCCUUUGCACCUUCUUGCCUAUGCCUUGACACCUAAGUACUAUAGCAAUCAGUUUCUUGAUAAACCAGGAAGGAUUCCACCAUGGGGAGAUCUAGAAGUAUCUGAUGGGUAUAAGGCAACAUUUCUUAGACUAUAUCCCGAUGAUGAUUUGCGAGAUGUUGUUACAAAUGAGUUCAUAGAAUUCGCAAAUGGGAAUGGUCUAAGUGUUGAUGCACUUCGUCAUAGAUCCAAGAAAGAUGCUCAUAGCUGGUGGUACUUCCAUGGCACAUGCUUCCAACACCUACAACCCCUCGCUAUAAAAGUUUUAUCACAAGUUGCUAGUUCAUCUGCUUCAGAAAGAAAUUGGAGCACAUACUCUUUCAUCCACUCAGUAAAGCGCAAUAGGCUGCUAUCAAAAAGAGCGGAGAAUUUAGUAUAUGUGCAUUCCAACCUACGUCUUCUUUCACACAAACAACAUGGCUACACACAAGGGGAAACAAAGAUGUGGGAUAUAGAGCCAGAGCAUACUGAUUUGGAUGCUCCUGCUUCUCAGCUUCUUGCAUUGACACUUGAUGACUCGGAAAUUGAGCCAACUUAUAGUGCAAGUGCAAGUGGCAUUGGCUCAUGUAAUGUCAAUGUCAAUGAGGAGGAGGAGGAGGAGG